GGGGGGACGCCCGCAGCGCAGCGGACAUGGCGGACGAGGCGCUGUUCCUGCUGCUGCACAACGAGAUGGUGGCGGGGCUGUACCGCGCCGCCGAGCAGGGCGAAGGGGAGAACGGCCGCUGCACCACCAAGCUGGAGAGCAUGGGCUUCCGCGUCGGGCAGGGGCUGAUCGAGAGGUUUACAAAAGAUACAGCCAGGUUCAAGGAUGAAUUAGAUAUUAUGAAGUUCAUUUGCAAAGAUUUUUGGACAACUGUAUUCAAAAAACAAAUAGACAACCUAAGGACUAAUCAUCAGGGUAUUUAUGUUCUUCAAGACAACAAAUUUCGACUCUUGACACAAAUGUCUGCAGGAAAGCAGUAUUUAGAACAUGCACCAAAGUAUUUAGCAUUUACCUGUGGAUUAAUCAGAGGGGGCCUAUCGAAUUUGGGAAUAAAGAGUAUUGUAACAGCUGAAGUUUCAUCAAUGCCUGCAUGUAAAUUCCAGGUGAUGAUACAGAAAAUGUAGAGCACGUUCAGAUCUGGCUACAACUCACUCCUGUAAUGAGUGUGUGCAGGAAGAUGAUUAGGCCAGCAUGAAGCUAUAAAGACAUCACCAAGACCAUAGAGGAGAUUGGGGGUUGCUUGAUGCUACUUGUUACAAGAUUUGUGUAACAAUAUGUAUCUUGCUGUGGGUAAGCAUGAAAACAUCUUGUUUAAACUUGUAACAAAUUUUACUGUAAGACUUUUCUGUUGGCAGCGUCAGGCCUUACACUUUCAGAAAUGUGAGAAUGUCCUGUGAUAGCAAUUCAGUUUCUACUUUGAGAGCAGCAAAUAACAGGCUAGAUAUAAAAGAUAACGCACUAGAACAACAUUUUUGUCUGUUUUAACCAUCUUCUGUGAUGGAAUAAAUGUAUGUUGUCAAAUUGCUGCCUAUUGUCAAUAGGCAGGAACACUAGAAGUUGUUCUUCCGUAAGUUCUAAGGAAGUUCUGCAGCUUGUAAUGGAUCAAGCCUUUUCGAGAUAGUUGUCUUCUGUAGUCUAUAAAUCUGUGCUGGCAAGCUGUAGACAUGUAAUGUCUAUUAUAUGUAGGCAUGUAAUAUCACAUAGACAUGAUAACCAGGGGCUUAUUAUAAUUGAGUUUAAGAUGCGAACAAAUUCAGCUCUUUUCAGGUACCGUGAAUGCUAGCUCAGAUUAGUUCUAACUGGAUAAUUUGACACUUCUAGGAAAGAUCUAAAGCACUAGCAGAAUGCCAGCAUGCUGUCUAGAGACCUAGCAAAGAUAAAAGUAACCGUGGUGGUUGGUACUCUGCAGGGAUCAGUUGUGUGACUGAAAACACUGAGCACUUAUACUAUUAAGGUUGUCCACCUUAUGAUUGUAAGGUUAGAGAAUUAGCUAACUGCUAUUCUUCCUGAGUGCAUUUUAUGGUUUCUUCAGUUGCCAACUCAUGCUGUUUUUAAAUGCUGUUAUUGAAAGGACUGACUUGCACUGGGCCUAACAGAUGGACACUUCAGUGACAUCCAUUAGGCCCACACAACUUGGUAGGCCAUUUUGUAAUUUGCUUCUCUAGAAUUAAAACUGCAGUAGUUACUUUCAUUUUCACUUGACAGUUAAGAUUACAGUUCCACAUAAAAAAGUUCUAAUAAUUCUAAUUUACACUAAGGGCUUAACCAGUAACUUGUGCUUAAUGAUAUGUCUUUUUUAAAUAGUGAGGGAUUGACAUCUGCUUCCUGUGCAGUGUGAAAUUCAAUACUGUCUAUCAGUCUGCCAUUACCAGCAGAAAUCAGAAUUCCUUUAAACUAGAUUUUCAAUUGUUGAAGAUAAUUAGAACCCAACAGAAUCAUGAAUGUACAAAGCAGACACCAGUAUUCUUGGCAAAGCACUCCCUGUUCAAUAUGUUAAGCCAAAUAGCUGAGCUAAUGUAUUUGUCAAGAUACUAUACAGGAAAUAAAUUUGUCCAUUUUAAGUUUAAGAAA